UACUCUCUUCUUCUUCUUCCCUCCACUACGGAGACAGUGUUUAUUACGCUUUAAGAUUUGUUUUUCUUCCUAGAGGAUCUCUAGUAUGUCAGCUCUUGGCAGCGUAUUUCUCGGAGACGUGCAACGUCACCGAAUCCUCUCAACAUCUACCCCGCCCUCGUCGCCUCCCCCAAGUAUUUCUCCUUCAGCCAUAACGCACUUUCCAGAUGUUGUCAAUUCCACCUCAAGUAAACGCGAACAACAUGCACCUUCACCAGUAUCAGCUGCCUUAGCUCUUGAUUUGCGCGUCAAAUGGUUAGAAACUCUGCUCUUCGGAGCUAAACAGGAUGGCAAGCCUCGUGCACUGGAUGGUCAUCAUGCUUCUCUACUUCGAGGCAUCGAAGACCUGCAACGUCGUGUUAAUAGCAUUGUGCAAGGGAAUGAAGGUCUUCGGAGAUUCAUGGACCAUUAUGAACAACAUGCGCAUCUUUUAACCCCUUCUUUCGCACUAUCCGGCACAAUACCAACCUCUCCGCCUCCUUACGAGAACAUGUCUCCUUCUGAAGUUGAGGCCUUCCUAGCCGAGAUGGAACAAGACAUCCGAGCUGCAGAUCGAGACCUUCGUGAGAUUGAGAUUCUCGAGAAGAAGAAUGUGACCGCUGCAGGAAAACUCCCCGAAUACGAGACCCUGAAACCGCGAUUGGAGAAUUUAUUGAAAGCUCAUGAAGAGGACCAACAGACGGCGGCAGAUUUGGAGAGACGUGUGGCUGUUCUCAUGGAUCGCUAUGCAAUUCAUGUGGACACGCUAUCGGAACUCUUCGUCGCCUGGGACGAUACCAUUGAAGAAGCAGAAUCACAGGUCGGAAAGCUUGAACGUGAUCACGACGAACGGCAACGGUUAGGUUAUGACUGAUCAUGCCAGACCGUCUAUCACAGGACUGCAUCUACGGUAUACGAGUAUACCCCGCAACACUACUGAGACGCAUACACAUGCCGUCCCAGCAAUACAAUCAUUACCAACAGUGCAAUUGUGGCAAUGUACGCCAUUCUUGUUGCUAUCUUGCGGAUUCUUUGCAUUGCACAUUAGGCAGCGCCUCCAGUCAACCAGAAAUGUGCUCCGGCGUUUGACUGUCUGUAUACAGGCGAUACUCUAUUUUUCGUGGUCUUUUUUUGCAGCACUCGUUCAAUUGCAGCCCUGACGCAUACGAUGAACCACGGCGAGAUCGACAUUUGUACAUUUUUCCGCCCCAUUUCAAUAGACUGCCUCUCGAUGAUCACCGUGUACGAAGGACAUAAUAAGGAGCUCACAAAGUUUUGUAUAUGCC